AUGUCCUUCAACUGCUCCACCAGAAAUUGCUCUUCCAGACCAGUUGGAGGACGCUACACUAUGCCAGUCGCGGCAGUUGCCACGGCCCCGGCCCGGGAUGCCGACUGUCUGAGCGGUAUCUACCUGCCCAGCUCCUUCCAAACUGGCUCCUGGCUCCUGGACCACUGUCAGGAGUCUUGCUGCGAGCCCUCUGUCUGCCAGCCGCCCUGCUACCAGAGGACGUCCUGCAUCUCCAGCCCCGUCCAGGUAACUUGCUCUCGACAAACGACCUGUGUCUCCAAUCCCUGCUCGACUCCCUGCAGCCGGCCACUGACCUUUGUCUCCGGCGGCUGUCAGCCCCUGGGGGGCAUUUCCAGCUCGUGCCAACAAGUGGGUGGCAUCUCCGCCGUCUGCCAACCAGUGGGCGGCAUCUCUGCUGUCUGCCAACCAAUGGGAGGAGUCUCAUCUGUCUGCCAGCCAGUGGGAGGAGUCUCAUCUGUCUGCCAACCUGUGUGUGGAGUCUCCAGGACGUACCAGCAGUCCUGCGUGUCCAGCUGCCGAAGAACUUGCUAA